GUAGCGCUCUGCCCGCCCUCAGCCCUGUCCUCCUCGGAACCCGUUACCCAUCCCGCCUGCGGUGUCCUUUGCUUGGCCGCGGUGCCGGCUUGUCGCCUGAUCCUGGGCAGAGCUCGCUCUUCCCUCGGUGCUCGAUCUUGUCCUCUGAAGCAGACGCUCCCGCUGUGCCCUGCUCCGUGCCGGGCCUUGAGUCAGGCACGGCAGCUUCAGCGUAAAUAGCGGGUAUGCUGCUGGGGCUCCGCUUGCUCGGAAGCGGCUCACGGCGGCCACCUUCUCAGGUGGGAGAGUCUGAAUUCAGGGGUGCUGCAAGAUGCUGUGAAAGCUGUUAUCUGGGAAACAGACGUGCUCGCUUUAUUUUAAAGCGUGGUAAUGCUUUAUAUAUAAAAAUAAAGAUAUGACAAGAAUAGUAAGAACUAGAGUGUAAUAGCCCACUUUAAUGCGGCAGGAGGAAGUGAAUCACGGAAUAACACAGUAAAUGUGGAGCCCUUAGCACUCCUGAGAAUUGGAAACGGGGGCAAUCACUUUCUUGUCAUGUUUAACCCAAGGUGCUUUUUCUGCUUCAUUCAUUAGUUAAAAGACUGUUAUCAGUUCUAAUUGUUCUAAUAGUUGGAAUGUGCCUUUCAUAUUUAUAAGUGUGCAGGGGAAGAGUUUAAUCCUUUUUAAAAAAAAGGAUUGAAUGGAAACGUGUUUUGUGGGAAUGUUACUUGUCUUCCCUUCAGCCUGUUCGAAGAGGUGACUUUUAAAAGAGAUAUCGCAUUGUAUUAAAAAUAACAAAAAGUUGCCAUGCUAACUUGUCUAAUGAAUGAGAUUCAUGUGGGAAAUGUGCUUCCCUACAACAACAAAUUGGGAAUAAAUAAUGCUACUACAGUGCUCUUCCUUUUAGUUUAGAGGUUGUAGAUGCAGGUUUUCUUCUACAAAUGCUAUUGGUUUUGUAGGUAUGAUACGGUUUUGCCUUAGAAUCUAAUUCUUGUCCGAAGUUGUCUAAAUUGAGGUUUUUUUAUUGUUAUAGAGUUCAGUUUAUUGGCAGUCCCUUUAGCAUGUUUUGGCAGAAGGUGUUUGUUGCAAGAAAAUCUUAAUUAAAAUCAAUAUUUCCUACCUGUAUGUCUGCAUAUCUACUGGUGAGCAUACUUGUGGCUCAUCUUUGAUCAGAAAAAUGCCAUUAGAGCUCACAAUGCAGGUGUAAACUGAAGUCUGUUUCCUUGGGAACCUAAACAAAUUGUAAAAAUGUUCUUGAUUUUCUAAGUUAAUUUUUGCAAUUUAAUAUUUAAGAUUCAUCUUAGCAUUUUAUUUCAUUGUAGGUAAUUUAAGUGAUUUUCUAGCAUGGACACUGUUGCUAGCCAUAGUUGUCAUCUUCUCCAGCAGCUACAUGAACAGCGCAUUCAGGGUCUUCUCUGUGACUGCAUGCUGGUGGUGAAAGGUGUCUGCUUCAAAGCACACAAAAAUGUAUUAGCUGCUUUCAGUCAAUAUUUCAGGACCCUUUUCCAGAAUUCUUCAGGCCAGAAGAAUGAUGUCUUUCACUUGAACAUUAAAAAUGUAGGUGGCAUAGGCCAGAUUUUGGACUUCAUGUACACCUCUCACCUGGACCUUAGCCAGGACAACGUACAAGCUAUGUUGGAUAUUGCACAGUGUCUCCAAGUGCAGAAUGUACUGAACAUUUGCCACGCCUUUUUAAAAUCAUCUACAGCUUUAGAGCAGACAGCUAGCAUGCCUUGUAAUAGUGUAUUUUCACUGCAGAAUACUUUGACUGCAGAUACUAGCUGUGCCAGUGACAGUUAUGGAACAAACCUAUUACAUGAAUGCUCAUCUGACACACAAGCUAACAAAGUCUUGACUGACCACCGUUCACAAACAUCACAGUCUGUUAAUCUUCACGCACCCUCAGGUGACGGACAGAAACAACCACAAGACUCCUUAGAUGGCAACUGCACAGAGCUUCCAUUUAAACAACCAAAUUACUAUUAUAAACUACGUGACUUUUACAGUAAACAGUUCUAUAAGCAAAAUGCUUCCUCUAAUCAUGAGAGAGGAGCAGAACAACCCUUUUCUUACAACCCAUCUACAGAAAUAAACACAGUAGAGAAUAGUUCUUGUACUGUCAACCACUCUGAGUGUAUUCUGGAGACCUCAGAUCAUUUACCAUCAAACUUUCUGGCUCAGUCCUUGAAUGAAGCUGUUCCAGAGCAAGCUGCAGAAAGCACACUUGUGCAGCCCACCAAACAGAUGCAGUUGAAAAAGGCAAUACACCUCAAAAAGUUAAAUUUUCUAAGGUCUCAGAAAUCUGCAGAGCAGCCGCCUGAGCCUAAAAGAGAUGACAGUAGAGUAACAGGAGUAAUUGAAUCUGUAAAUGAAAGUACCAUGGACAUGACGAGUAUAAGAGUUACUGGUGAAAAAGAAGCUGAAGAUUUAGUAAGUUCUGAGAAUUUUGACCAAACUGUUGAAGCUGAAAGAUCUCAAGGUCAUUUGGAACAAGAAGGACAAUCACAGACUCUUCAGUCACAAAGGCAAUAUACUUGUGAAUUAUGUGGGAAGUCUUUCAAACACCCAAGCAAUUUGGAGCUCCAUAAAAGGUCUCAUACAGGUGAGAAACCUUUUGAAUGUAACAUUUGUGGGAAACACUUCUCACAGGCAGGUAAUCUCCAGACACAUUUGCGUCGACAUUCUGGUGAAAAGCCAUACAUUUGUGAAAUCUGUGGGAAAAGAUUUGCUGCUUCUGGUGAUGUCCAGCGUCAUAUUAUUAUUCAUUCUGGAGAAAAGCCUCAUCUGUGUGAUAUCUGUGGCAGAGGAUUCAGUAACUUCAGUAAUUUAAAGGAGCACAAAAAGACUCAUACAGCAGAUAAAGUGUUCACCUGUGAUGAAUGUGGGAAGUCAUUCAACAUGCAACGAAAAUUAGUAAAGCACAGAAUUAGGCAUACUGGAGAGAGACCAUACAGCUGUUCAGCAUGUGGGAAAUGUUUUGCAGGCUCAGGUGACCUGCGUAGGCACGUGAGGACUCACACAGGAGAAAAACCCUAUACCUGUGAAACCUGUAAUAAGUGCUUCACCCGUUCUGCUGUUCUGCGGCGGCACAAGCAAAUGCAUUGUAAAGCCACUGAUGAGGGUUCAAACGCACUAGAUGAAUUUACUCAAGGAAUUGAAACAUCUGACCUUGACAAGUCUCAGAGUUCUGACUCUUUUGGCCAAGAAAUGUCUGUUACCUUGUUACCAGUGUCUGUUAAAUUCCCCAUUCGUCCAGCUGAAUUUGAUAGUUCUGUGGAUUCUUACUGUAAGCUGCGAUCAAUGAUUCAACACCAUGACUCCGCAAACCAGCAGAAACUGAAUGUGGAUUCUGCUAAACUCCCAAAGGCUCAGCCCCAGCAAACUCCGCCACCACCAUAUAGUUACACAGGUGUAGAUAUAUCUUCUGCAGAAGAACCCUUACAGUCUGAUAAUAUUCCAAUGAUUCGUUCCUCUAUGGUUAGCUUGGACAGUCAUUGUAGUGACCCACUAGGCAGUCGAACACUGUCUGCUGUGUACAAGAAUAAUGAAGGACCAUUCUUUUCUAGCAUGACCCUCUGGGGUUUAGCUAUGAAGACUUUGCAGAAUGAAAGUGAACUGGAACAAUGAGGGCUCAGGUGACUGCAUCAAAAUUUCUUAGAGGCAUUUCAUGCUAAAAUGAUUGCAAUCGCACUGCAGCAGUGAGAGGCCAGAGCUAGUUUUUAAGCCAGCUGGCUUGGAUACUGGUAGAAAUCAUACACAUGCCCAAAACCCAGCGUUGGCUGCCUUGACGCUGCUUCUCAGCGCAGCUUGGGGAACUUUUGUUCUGUCACUGCACUGUGUAGCGCAUGUGUUGCUAUGAUUUACUAAAAUUAGCUCUUUGAUUAAAUUUACCAUUUGACUUGGUAUUUUUCACCUGAUAAUGGAGGAAAGGAUAGCCCAAUGCCUGAUUUCAUGAUACGGGUGCAAUUGCAAGCAUGGUCAUCAGAGUUGUGUAAGGGUGUAUAUAUGAAAAGAAGAAAGUACUUAACACAUCCCUAGUGAACCUGAGUUUCGGUAGUAGCUUUCUGACCGGUAGGAUCAUUGGUUUACAUGACUUGAGUAUUGUGAUAUUAAAUGUAAAUGUUAAAUCCCUGGCAAUAUUUGUGAUAGUGCAAAGUAACUGUAUAUCUAGAAAACUUUAUUUUUUUACAAUAAAAGCUUUUUUUUAGUAUUUUAUAAACUAUUUUGCACAGCAGAUUAUUUGUACAAGGAUCAUCUGACCAAGAUCAGGAAAUGCGAAUAAAGGGAAGUUGUUUUACAUUGUAUAUUAA